AUGAGCACAGCUAGAUUCAUCAAGUGUGUCACUGUUGGAGAUGGAGCUGUUGGGAAGACAUGCAUGCUAAUCUCUUACACCAGCAACACCUUCCCCACUGAUUAUGUGCCUACAGUGUUCGACAACUUUAGCGCUAAUGUGGUGGUGGAUGGCAGCACAGUUAACCUUGGAUUAUGGGACACUGCAGGACAGGAAGAUUACAACAGGCUGAGGCCUCUGAGCUAUAGAGGUGCUGAUGUGUUCUUGUUGGCCUUCUCUCUCAUCAGCAAAGCCAGCUAUGAAAACAUUGCCAAGAAGUGGAUACCUGAGCUGAGGCAUUAUGCUCCAACAGUCCCCAUUGUGCUUGUGGGAACCAAACUUGAUUUGCGGGAGGACAAAGAGUAUUUGAUUGAUCAUCCUGGUGCUACACCAAUAUCAAUUGCACAGGCAAAGCUGAAGAAGGCAAUUGGUGCUGCUGUCUAUAUAGAGUGCAGCUCCAAGACUCAGCAGAAUGUGAAGGCUGUGUUUGAUGCUGCCAUCAAAGUUGUUCUGCAACCCCCUAAACCAAAGAAAAGGCGACGGAAGGCGAGGCAUUGUGUGUUUCUCUAA